ACGCAUGCGCGUUGGAUUGGAGGGAGGGGGCUCCUCUCUUUCUCUCGCCCCUUCCCAACCUGCCCGGGGGGGGGGCCGAGCCGAUCCCCUCCGCGGCCAUUAAUUGACAGCGCUGCCGGCUCCCGCCGUCGCCGCCUCCCCGCCCGCAGCCAUGUCCCUCCGCGGGUAGAGGGGAGGGGGACAGGACGCCCGGCCGGUCCCCGCCGCUGCCGGAGCGCAGACACGGGCCCCAGAGGCAGCUGCAGGAGGAGACAGGCCGCCGCUCCGGCCGCCGCCGCGCACCCAGGCCCCGCAGCCUGGCCGAGGCACCGAGCGACUAGCGGCUGAGGAGCGGGGGCCCCAGCCGGGCUUGGCUGCGGAGUCUGGGCCGGGCACGGAGAGCGGCCGCUUCCCCAGCUCCCGUGGGAGGUGACCCAGAGCCUGGGAGCGGGGCAGCAGCAGCUGCCCGGGCCAGGGAAGAGCUGGGCAGGCUCGGCUCUCUCGCCGGCCCAAGGUAGGGUCAGCCCGGCCAGACCCGAGCGGCGGCUGGCGGGGGCGGUUUCCCUUUCCCCCGUAGCUGGCUGGGGGAAGACCGAGCCGCGGCGGAGGGAGGCCGAUACGGCAGCAGACAUGCCCGGCUAUGUGCCAUAGCCUCCUUGUUAGCCGGGAGAGGGGAGGCCGUAGACCCCUUUGCGGGCGGCGGAACCAGGCACAAAGAGCAAACGCGGCUGCCUGGGAGCUUCCUAGGGCGGGCGGAGACCCCGGCAGGGAGGGAGGCUGGUGCGGGCACAGACCGCGGCAACUUCUCGGUGACUGUGAAUGGGAGACAGCCGGAAGCAGGCAGCACCUUCUCUCCGACUGGCACAGAGCCGGACCGAGCCGUGUGUCCGUACACCGGGGAGCCCGGCCUCCCACCCGCCGCUCGCGGAGUGACUGGCCUCAGGGGGCUCUGGCUGAUGCUGAGGAGCCCGUCCCCAGGCUCGGUCGCUGGCGGGUAGCAGCGGAGCUCGGACCCAGCGUGUGCGGGGUGCAUGAGCCUGGCGCAGCCCGAGGGGGACAUGGAGUCUCCGGCCGCCGGAGAUACUUCAGACGCUCCAGCUCUAGUCGGCGGCCCAGCGGAGGAAGAGCAGCAGCCGGAGGAGGAGAAUGCGGGGGACAGCAGCCCUCGCUGCCGCUGGCAGCAGAACCUGAGCCCGGAGCUCCAGCAGGGUUACCGGAUCCUGGGCGAGUUUCUGCUGGAGAAGCACCGGCCACUGACGGCUCCUUUUCUGAAGCCCCUGGGAGACCAGGCCGCUGUCGCGGAGGAAGGAGGAGCCGCCUCCCUGGCAGGUCGCAGCGGCAGCGACUCUGUUGCACAGCAAGCGGCCGGGAUGUGGCUGCUGAAGAUGGAAGAAAAAUUUUCCAGUGGACAAUACACUGGAAUCACGGAUUUCGUGGCCGAUUUUCGGCUAAUGCUUGAGACGUGUUACCGGCUGCACGGGGUGGAUCACUGGCUCUCCAAACAGGCCCAGAAGCUGGAGAUGAUGCUGGAACAAAAGCUGGCGUUGCUGUCCCGGCACUUGAGAGAGAAGACAACAAUAGCAGUAACAUCCAAAGGGUACUAUGGGUUGGAAGAUGAGAAAGGAACAGCAUGUACUUCAACAAGGCGUCGUUCCACACCUCGCAGUUUAGCAGGCUUGACAACAGGCUUUUUUGAGUCCAUAAUGGUUCAGGUUCUGAGACAAGAAGAACAACAGAGAGCAAAAGAAGAAAAGAGGCUACGAGAGCAAGAACGAAAAGAGGCAGAAGAAGCUAGUCAGAAAGAAAUAGAAGAAUGGGAAAAGUCACUUUUAGCUGAAGCAGCACCUACAAGGAUGGAGACCAUGUGGGAAAUUCCAGCUAUUGGUCAUUUCCUUUGUUUAGCACAACAAAUUCUAAACUUGCCUGAAAUAGUCUUCUAUGAGUUGGAACGUUGUCUUCUAAUGCCUCAAUGUAAUGCUUUUUUAUCCAAAAUAAUGACUUCUUUGUUAAGUCCUCCUCAUCGCAGAUCUACCUUGCAUCGAAGACCAACUCUUCCUUACAGGACUUGGGAAGCAGCACUUAGACAGAAAGUGCAACAGUGGUACACUGUUGUAGGGCAAACUGACAACCCUGAUGGCUGUGCAGAAAAGCUUGGGCUAUGCCCCCAGUUUUUUAAAGUCCUUGGGGAAAUUAAUCCUUUGGAGGGAAAACCAUUUCAUGAGCUCCCUUUCUACCAAAAAGUAUGGCUGCUAAAAGGCCUCUGUGACUUUGUAUAUGAAACACAAAAAGAUGUUCAAGAUGCUGUGCUUGGGCAGCCUAUCCAUGAAUGCAGGGAAGUGAUCCUUGGUUAUGAUUUCUUGGAGAAUGCCUAUGUUCAUUUUCCACAGUUCUGUGGUGCUGAUGUACGGAUUUACAAACAGAAGCCUUUUCAAGCCCCUGCAUUUCCAGCUCCACCCAUCAAAGUAAAAAAAGUACCACGGAUUAAAUUGGAGAAAGUGAAAUGUGAGUAUGUCAGCAAAAGCAAUGGGGAAGUCAGAUUUGGUGGUAGAGAAGAGCGGCUACCUCACUGUAAGAUCGAAGCAGGGAAAAGUAUGGAUUCUCUUAUUUGUUGUCCAGCAAAAAUUCACUUGGAUAGCUUCAGUAUCACCACGGAAAAAGAAAUGAAACCCAACUGUGAAAUUAAAAUGCAUAGAGCCUGUGACAAAAAAAACCCUGGCUGCUGUAAAGAGAACCAGGAGAAGCCAAUUAGUCCAGGAGAAAUUAUUGGCUUUGGGGAACCUCUCAGCCCAGGAGAAAUUAGGGUUGUAGAAAAUGGAGAGAAAGAUCAUGAAGCUUCCCUAAUAAAAACGGAGCCCAGCCCAUUAAAAACAAAUACCCUUAAAACCUGCCAAGCACAUGUGAAUGGGAGUCAUAGCAACAAUCCAGACAUGAAAUGCCACAAAGUUACUAGAGAAAUGAUUUUGGAGAAUUCACUAUGGAAUAAUAAGAAACUAAAACUUACUAAGAUGCGGGCAAAAAAGAAGAAAAAAAAAAAGAAACUGAAAGACAUUUUGAAUGCACAUCUGCAGAGAAAGCGUGAUGACCUGCAAAGAAAGCGUGAGAUUCAUCCUCACCCAUUCAAAACUUACAAACCUGAGAUCCAGAAUAAGUUGUUUAUCAUCAAAAAGAAAACAAAACACAAGAAGCACAAAUCUGGAAAAAAAUCCAUAUCUAAAAAAGCAAUUACAAAGAAGAGGAAAGCUGUCACAAAGCCUGCGGUGCCAGAAUUUCAGCUUAUUUGCACUAAUCUUGAUGAACUCAGGGAAUUAAUCACAAAAAUCGAGAAUGAACUCAAAGAUCUGGAGAACAUUAGAAAGAAAUCGGGAAGAUGGUACCAUCGGAAACAAGCAGUAAAGGAAUUGCAUUGUACAUUAGUACGACUGCUAAAUGAAUUGUUACCAUGGGAACCAAAACUAAUGAAGGCUUUUCAGAGAAACAGGUCUCGACUGAAGAAGGACUAUGAUGAUUUCAAAAGACAGCCAGACCAUGAUAAAUUUACCAGAGAACUAUGGAGUAAUGAAGAAGGUGAAGUUGAUAAUGGAAAAGAAUCUUUCAAUGCAGUAACCAGUAAAUCUUCAGAAGCUGCAGAGCAUCUGGAGAUCCUGCAAAAAGCUCACUCAGAGUUUGAUGAAAUGAAACUGCUAGAAAUGGAUUUUCCUGCAGGAAGGAGCAGGCUACUGAAGAAAGAAUUGACUUCUAAAGAAAUACAGAAGACACUGCCCAAAUCUAUUAAACGUCAGUCCAAGCAAAAUAGUUGCCUGGAUGAUAGCACAAAAGACCUUUCACCAAGGAAGAAAGCUAAAUUAAGCACAAAUGAGGCUACAGUCCAGAUUGCAGAAAGUGAGAUGCACACUAACAGUUGUUUGAGUGAACUGAAACAAAGCGAGCUAUCACCUCUAGAAUCAUUUGCCCUGACAGAUUCUGCAACGUCAGUAUCAAGCUUUCUGAAAGAGACCAAACCCAUCCAGGCUUUGCUUGCUAAGAAUAUUGGGAACAAAGUGACCUUAACAAAUCAGCUGACAACCCCUGUGGGUAUGGACAUAUUUGCUUCUGAAAAGGCAGUUAUGUCACCUGUGGAGUCAUCCCCACUAAAGCCAGCAUUGCCCUGUGAGACCAAUUCAAAUAGUCCUUUACAAAUGGUAUACAAAAUGCCAAGUGGCCGUUGUGUACCAAUAGAUGUCCAUAACAGCUCAGUGAAGAUUCAAAUGCAGCCUGUGAUUGACCCUAAAACAGGAGAAAAAGUCAUGCAGCAAGUUCUUAUUUUACCCCAAAAUUUUCUCAUACAACACAAAGAAGGAAAAGCCGUGGCAAAGCUGCACUGUACAUCUUUUCCACAGGCAGCACAUGUUAAUGAUUCUUUAGCACCUGUUCUUGUAAAUCCAGCUGUAAAUGCUACCACUCAACUGUCUUGUACAGUUUUUAACAAGAGUGUUACACAUUUGUCACAAGUGACUAGUCCAGUGAACAGACCACAACCUUUGUCCUCUGUAACUGCAACAAGUAACUUACAAGCAUCAGCAGUUAAAAUGAGCCAAAGUGAAGCUGGCAAAACGAAAACUUCAGUUUCACCUGCCACAUUCUCUGUACCUUUACCUUCAUCCACUGUUUCCACAUUAGGUCAGCCUUUGGCAUCAGCAACAACACUAAGUGGAUCUGCAAAUACUACUUGUUCCGUUCACAGUGUAGCACCACAGCAGACUAGUGACUCCUGUGAAGCUAAACAGGAGCUUAAAACGGUUUGUAUAAGAGAAUCGCAGUCUAUUCUUGUCACAACACGAGGGGGGAACACUGGAAUUGUUAAAGUACAGACAAACCCAGACCAGAUUUCACCUAAUACUUUAUCUCCAAAUUCAGUUUUCACUUAUGCACCUCAGCUUCAGGCAUUUUUGGUUCCAAAAUCCACUACGUUGUCAACCUCUACUUUUUCAUCUGUGGUGACAGCCGCAUCUAGUCUCCCACUGUUUGGUCAGUCUUUUGUUUCUGGGUUUGCCCCCUCAACAACAUCUUCUGUUACCAUUCCAGCCAUUCCUGCAGGCUUAAACCAGAUAAUAGGGAAAAAUCUCAAAUUUCCAUUAGGGCAGCUUCCCACUAGUGGCAGUUUGGAUCAAGUAAUAGAGAAAACUCAAGAAGUAUCAUCUCCUACUUUCUUGUCCUCUAUUUCAUCAACUAGCACUUUGGUGCCAGCAACUCCAAACAGUACUGUUAAUGUAGUUAGCAUUUCUUCAGGAAAUAUUGAACAAAGGAGCACAGGCAUUACCCAGACUCCUUCAACACAGCAACAAGUUGAUAUUAAAACCAAAAAAUAUCCUGUUACACAACCUGAGACUGCUACAGCAACAAAUGGAGAUGUGAUCCGUGGUACUCCGAUUCAAAAACUUAUGUUGGUCACAAAUCCACCUAUUCUUUCUCCUUGUGGAGCUACAGGAGUAAAUAUAAUACCUGCUCCAACAUCCACUGGUGUUACUGCCCAAAAAUUAGUUUUCAUUAAUACUCCAAUUCCCAGUAGCCCAUCAAACACCAGUCUAGUUGCAGAAUCAUUAAAACAGGCCCUGCCUUCCUCCAUAGGCAAAACAUAUGUUAACACCCCGGAACAACCUCAGUUACUUCUAAUUCCAUCUACAAUGGGGGCACCAGUAAAAGUAAGUUCAUCACCUACUGUGUCUCAAGUAAAAGAUGUUAAAAUUGGACUAAACAUAGGUCAAGCCAUUGUAAAUACCACAGGCAGUGCACAGCAUGUUCCACCAAUUAACAUAUUGAAAUCUGCAGCCCCCAAAGGAACAGAUGACAUAAACAGCAAGGGUUUUAUUUUGCCUUUGUCAACAAGUGGUAGUUUGGUUCCAGGAUGUUCAGGUUUUGUGAGUCAAAGUAUUACAUCUGUUAAUGAAUCUAUAGGUAUUGCAACAAAAGCAGCAAAAGCUUUUACAGUAACAACAGCAAAUGCAUGUUUAGAUUCUGUUUCAGUGACACCAAGUGGGACUUCUAUUGGCACGCGACCCUCUGUUUUGGUUAGUGGAAAUGACACUUCUUCAAGAAUAAGGCCAGUUUUAACUAAUCGACUAUGUACAUCAAAUAUUGGAAAUACUAUGGCCAUAUCAACUGUGAAAACAGGACAUCUUGCGUCAUCUGUUCUUAUUUCAACUACACAACCAAGAGUAUCUUCUCAAAGUGUAUCAUCUGCUUUACAGUUUCCAGUUACCUUGCCUGGACCUGUGGCAGCCUCCACUAAAGUCAUUCAGACUGUUCCUCGCUUGACAGCAGUUCCAGCUGCUGCACAGUGUCUGCCCCUUCCAAAAGGACAGCCCCCCACACUGGUAAAAAUUCAGUCACCAGGAAUUUCAGCUGCAGUGCCAACUAAUGCAAACUUUCACAAACCUCAAAAUGUAUUGCCAUCUGCUUCACCAAAUACAGGUAAAAUAAUUAGUUUUUCCAACUUUGCUUCUCUCCCAUGCCAGCAGAUACCUCCUAGUUUAGCAAAACCAGCUCAUGCUUACUCUUGUGCUCCAGGUGCCUCUGUCAUUCAGACUGCUGCUGCUUCACCGACUGUAACUAGCCAGGCAAUGGGUCAGUUGAAUGAAACUUGUAUUCAACAGAAAAUAGUUAUUAACACUUGUACGCCUUUGGCACCUGGAACUCACAUCAUGAUUAAUGGCACUCGAUUUAUUGUUCCACCGCAAGGCCUUGGAGCAGGCAGCCAUGUUCUUCUCAUCUCUGCUAAUCCAAAACAUGGGCCUCCUCUACUUCUUAACAAUGGCCAAGGGGCUCGAGGUGUACCAUUUGUUAAUCAUAUUCCCCAGAACAUCACACUAGCAUCAAGUAAUUCAUUAAGUUGGCAGACAUCAAAACAUCCUCUGAAAAGCUCUACAAAAAUUGUGAACUCUCUUGGGACAGCAAACACUCUGCCUAUCGUACAUGCAACACCACAGAUAGUAAACACUGCUGCUAAAUCAUGCGCUCCACCCUCUACAACAACACUGUCUGUGUCUUCAGUGAUAAAACCUCCAGUUAAUGUUUUAGCUAAAACUUCUUUGGUUCCUGCCAUAAAUGCUGGUAACUCUCAGUUACCAAAUAGCACUUCAGUAUUUCACUUGGAUACAUCUAUCAAGAAACUGUUGGUCAGCCCAGAAGGAGCUAUUUUGAAUGCUAUAAAUACUCCAGCAUCAAAGGUGGUUUCUUCUCUGUCUUCAUCCCUGUCACCAGUUGCAGUGUCCAAAAGCAUAAAUGCUACUAGUGUCUUCCCUGCUUUUCAGUCAUCUGGCCUAGGUAAAUCUGACAAAGCCGCCUCCUGAAUUUGGAGUGAGCGAGCCAAUUUCACAUGUUUGGGGCAUUCUUUGGACUUUGGAAAUCAUUAUAACUGUUGAACAUUUUUUACACUGUUUGAAACAUACUUUAAAUAGUUGAUUUCUUUAAACUACUUUGUAUUAGAUUGCAGCUGUUUUCAGUUUCCUUGUGGGAGAUGUGAGAGGAUCUGUUUGAUUUCCCUCUAAGCUAAGCUUUCAAAGGGUUAUUUAAUAAAAUGGUCAAAAUGACCAACUUGUUAAUAUAAAAUGUUAAAAGUGUAAAAUUUGAUUUUAGUUUAAAGGAAUCUAGCAUUUUGCACAUUUACAUUGACAUGUUUCAUUUUACGAUUUGAACCAUUAGGCGGCAUGUUUAUAACAGUAUGUGUCUUUUUUUAUUUUUGUCAAAUCUUAUUUUUAUUUGAUUUGUUUCUGUAAAAAAUAUAUUUAUGCAUUGUAAAAAUCCAGUCCAUGGUGUAAAAUUGUACAUAUUCCUGAUCCUUAACAAUCUGUACUAAACUAUAUGUACAAAGAACUAUGCUGUCUUAUUUAUGUUUUGUUUACAUAAUGUAUAGUUUUUUAAGUAUUUUAGUAAUUUUGGACCAGUGUACUGUUAAGCAACAAUGCAGAAGAAUCUGCGUGUAAUAAAUCAAGUUGCUGUA